GUACACGCUUAUUUACCUCUCCUUCCCAGCAAAGCUACUACCCCUCUUACUUUCUCUCUCUUCAUGUCAGAAUCAAAAUGUGAGCAACUGAUCUGAGAGCCAUAAUACCCAGACCCCAUUCAGCAAAUUUGUUAUUGUUUAACAUUUUGGGGCUACCAAGUCGUAAUCAGCCAUGGCAGCUGCUCUUGAAUGCUGGUCUAGCCGUACGAGCACUGAUGAAGACAUGGUGGAGCAAGGUCUCAUGCGAACCGGAGACAGAUCGGAAUCUUCAGCCGCCGCCGUCGAUACCUCUUCAUCUUCCUCCUCCCCCUCCGCUUCCGCCGGUGCUUCUCUUAAAGACAGUUCCAUGAUGCAGAAGAAGUUUCAGAAACUCAGCCGCAAUGUAUCAGAAGCCAUUGCGUCUCUCAAGAACUCCUUGAAUCUCGACCCGGCCCGAGAUUCGAAUCCGACCCGGAUCGAUAGUUCCCGGAAACAUGUCUGGGGAAGCGUCGUUCGGAAUUUGACUCAGCUUUAUCCCGGAAGUCAACUCCCCGAGAAGCUCGUUUCCAAUAUCCGGAAGCAUUAUGAUUCUCUACCUCUCAGUUAUGCACAAGCAGGAUUCGAAAUGAAGGAUGUGUUCCUACAUGUUAGAUUGAUAGAACAAGCAUCAGCUGAUGACCUCCCAGCUAUAAUGAUACAAGAAGUUUCAGACGAAGAACCUCAAGGAUCUGUUUUCAAGCUCACUUUCGCCUGCAAUUCAUCACUUUCAUGGCCAACCAUGUCGGGAGCACUAGAUACGUUAUCAAUUUCUUGCAAGAAGAUACAGAUCUUUGAGAAAAAAGGUUUCACAUUAGGAGUCAUUCUUCUUUCGAUUCCAAUCCAACCAGAGCAAGAGAAAACAUUCAAAUCCCGGAUAGAAACCGCUUUGAAAUCAGCUUUAAAAAAGCCGAAUAAAACAAAUUCUAUGAAGCUCCCAUUUGGGCUUUGUGGGUGUCAAGAAGAGGGUACAAAGGGAAAAGAGUUUGGUGAACCCGAAGACGAUUCCAACACCCAAAAUUACCAAAAUGGGGUCGAAACUUUGACUCCAAGUUCAUCAAAAUUGAAACUAGAAUUACCUCUACCCAAAUCAUCAAUAGUAAUAUCCGUUGAUGAGUGGCAAACAGUUCAAUCCGGGGUCGAUGAGAUCAAGAAAUGGUUAUUAAACCCCGAUAGUUUAGAGUUCAUCGAUCAAAUUGGAUCCGGUAGAUUUAAAGGAACAUACAAAGGUAAAAAAGUCGGGAUCGAGAAGCUAAAAGGGUGUGAAAAGGGUAAUUCAUACCAAUUUGAAAUCCGAAAAGAUCUUCUAGAGUUAAUGACAUGUGGGCAUAAAAACAUUUUACAAUUUUAUGGUGUAUGUAUCGAUGAUGUUCAUGGUUUAUGUGUUGUGACUAAGUUGAUGGAGGGUGGAUCGGUUCAUGAUCGAAUCAUGGUUAAAAACAAAAAGAUUCAAACGAAAGAGCUUAUACGAAUUGCUUUAGAUGUUGCGGAAGGGAUGAAGUUCAUGAAUGAUCAUGGUGUUGCGUAUAGAGAUCUUAACACGCAACGAAUUCUAUUGGAUAAAAACUUGAACGCAUGUUUAGGUGAUAUGGGCAUUGUUGGGGCGUGUAAAAGUGCGGGUGAGACUAUGGAUUAUGAAAUGGAUGGCUACCGUUGGCUUGCUCCCGAGAUAAUUGCGGGGGACCCGGAAACGGUCACGGAGACAUGGAUGAGCAAUGUGUUUAGUUUUGGAAUGGUGGUUUGGGAAAUUGUGACUGGGGAGGCGGCAUACUCCGCGCUCUCGCCCGUACAAGCUGCGGUGGGGAUUGCCGCGUGUGGGCUUAGACCCGAUAUACCGAAAGAUUGUCCUCAAAAUCUCCGGUCUUUAAUGAACAAAUGUUGGAAUAAUAUUCCUUCAAAAAGGCCUCCGUUUUUGGAGAUUAUUUCGUUGUUGACUCGGUCAAACAAUAGCAGUAACAAUAACAAUAACAGCUUUAGCAGGUGACAGAAGAAACUGAUGUUUAGUUAGCAUACAGAAAUGCAUGGGUUGAUUUUGCAACAUAAAAUAGUUGCGAUAAAGAUGUUCAUACUACCAGCCAUGGUUUCAUUUUGAUUUUUUUUUUUUUUUUUUUUUUUCC